CGGGGCGCUGGAGGAGUGAAUUUUACGGCGCCUUCAGUUUCAAGUCGGUGCGGAACAUUUAAUGCGGGAAUAUAUUUACACAUAAUAUACCGACUUUGGGUGAAAAUUAAUAAUAAGCGAUUACUUUCUUUCUGAGAAAAAUAAAAAGGAAUGACUUUUGGGACUCAGGAGCAGCAAUUACACCUGAGCUCACGCGCAGAGCUCUCGUGAGGGUCGUCAAGUGUUUGCGCGAGCGGUCAAAAAGAAAGAUGCUGAAGAGAUGCUAGAUGUUUUUGAGAGUUUUUGUCUCUUUCUUUUGCUAUAACAGCUAACUUUAAACAAAAGCGUAUUUGAAAUAAUAAUUAUCCUGUUCUGUAGGGUAUACCUAACAAAAGAGUCGUGUGAACAAAGUAACUCAGGACGGGGUUUUUUUUUAUAGACCCGGAAUUCUUCAGAGCACCAUGACGAACAGCGCAAAGACAAAUUAAUUUGUUUUUAAAGAACAAAAUUGGACUUUUCAGUGCAAAUAUGAGUUGUUUCUGCUCCACUCAAGAGGAAUUUUACUGCGAAGUGUUGCUUCUGGAUGAGACGAAGCUCAUUUUAACCACCCAGCAUCAGGGCAUUAAGAAAUCCACCAAGGGCUGCGUGGUGUUGGAUUACGUGUUCAGCCAUGUGAACCUUCUAGAAAGCGACUACUUCGGCCUGCGCUACUGCGACCGCAGCCAUCAGACAUAUUGGCUAGAUUCAACAAAAACCCUGGCAGAGCAUAAAGACCUCAUAGCAACCGGCCCACCAUACACACUGUAUUUUGGCGUUAAAUUUUACGCUGAGGAUCCCUGUAAACUAAAGGAGGAAAUAACCAGGUACCAGUUCUUCCUUCAGAUAAAGCAGGAUGUGCUGCAAGGAAGACUUCCAUGUCCCUUCAAUGUCAGUGCACAGAUGGCUGCUCUGGCGAUCCAGUCUGAGCUCGGAGAUUAUGACCCGUACAAGCACAUGUCAGGCUAUGUGUCAGAGUAUCGCUUUGUUCCAGACCAGCAGGAAGACUUGGAAGUUGCUAUCGAACAGAUUCACAAAACACUAAUGGGUCAGACGCCUUCCGAAGCCGAGAUGAAUUAUUUAAGCAUGGCCAAAACACUGGAGAUGUAUGGGGUGGACCUUCAUCCUGUGUUUGGGGAAAAGCAGUCUGAAUAUUUCCUGGGGUUGACACCAGUUGGAGUUGUAGUUUACAAAAAUAAAACCCAGGUUGGGAAGUAUUUCUGGCCAAGAAUUACAAAAGUAUUUUUCAAAGAAACACAGUUUGAGCUGCGCGUUCUGGGGAAAGAUUGCAAUGAGACAUCAUACUUCUUCGAAGCUCCCAGUAAGGUGUCAUGUAAAAACCUUUGGAAGUGUUGUGUGGAACACCACACCUUCUUCAGAAUGCCGGAAAAUGAAGUCAACACACUGUCAAGCAAACUGUCCAAAUUUAGCUCUCUGGGCUCCAAACAUCGUUACAGCGGGAAGACGGCCAUGCAGAUGGGAAAAGAUCAGGGUGUCAGUUUGCCCAGGUCGAAUCUGGAGGUGGUUCGCACACGCAGUAAAACUUACCCAAAGAGGAGCACUCAGCCUACAAGCUUGAACAAUGGGAGCCGAUCCGUCACAAAGGCAGGAAAUUCCCUGGGUGAAGGCCAGGCUAAAGCCAGCACACUCCCACCAGCCAAGAGCCCCAAAGUGUCAAAGACAGAGUGCGUUUCAGAAGACCAUCCAAGCAGGCCCUCGGCCCCCUGGGACGAGAACGCACCACAGAGCGGGCUGUACAACUCGGCCAGCGACCGAAACAAAUCUCCCAAAUUCCCGAACACACGCAGACGUUCGCCCUCAGGAGGCAGCGAGAACGAGGUUAUGAACUCAUCCAGGCACAGGAAAGGCCAGGGCAGUGAGGAUCCAUCCAGCAAACAGCACCGGAGAAGAUCACGUUCCCGCGGCAACACAAGCAGCGGCAGUGAGUCGGAGAAUUCCAACCGAGAGCAUCGUAAAAAGAGGAACCGAUCCCGACAGGAGAACGAGAUGGUGGAUUCCGGGCCGCAGUGGGAGGCUGUGCUUCGCAGACAAAAGGAGAAGAACCCGAACGACCCCAACCAUCGCCGCUCGCGCCAUCGCUCUAGAUCAAGAAGUCCAGAUGUUCAAGCUAAAGAGCAGCUGUGGAAACAUAUACAGAAGGAGUUGGUGGAUCCAUCCGGUAUGACAGAGGAGCAGCUGAAGGAGAUUCCAUAUAAGAAAGUAGAAACUCAAGGUGACCCGAUCCGUAUCCGGCACUCUCACUCUCCUCGGAGCUACCGACAGUACCGGCGCUCACACUGCUCUGACGGAGAGAGGUCUGUCCUCUCAGAGGUCAACUCUCGGACUGAUCUGGUGCCUCCACUUCCUGUUACACGCACCGUAGACAUGACAGGGUCCAGUACUGCCACCUCACAGAAGAAGAAUGGCUCCAAAGACAAUCUGUCGGAGAGCUCUGGACAGGAGACAAAAAGCAGCAUCAAAUCGGUGAAAAAUCCUCACAGCACUCGAGCGAAAAGCGAAACAUGACCCCUUUCACGAUUUUCACCAUGAAAAGUUAGGAGAGGUAACGGACCAUACGCUAAGACCUGGAAGUAUUCAACACUGAUAGAUGGAAAUAUCAGACGUACGAGCUUGUCUGAUAUUUAAGUUAGUGUUAAUUUAAAAAUUACAUUUUGUAGAUUUAACAUGAUCAUUACAAGCAUACAAGUGUUUUAAAAACCAUUCAUUCUAUUCUGACAAUCAAGUGAAGGAUAAUGAAUCAUUUAUAUAGCGAACACUGCACAGUCUUUAAGGUGUUACACAGAACACUGAUUUGGACAUUUUAUACAGUAUUAAAUAUUCUUAAACUCGUUAUCGUACAUGUGGAUAUUAUCACGCAAACAGAUUUGUAUUUUGUGUCCUCUGACACAAUACUGUACUUGUGUCCUCUAACUACAUUUCUGUAGGAAACUCUUGCUGCUGUAAGUCUUUGUAUCGUCUUUCUCUGCUGUAAGGAAAUACACUGUAAAUGGUUAACUGUAGCUGAGCUGGAGACUCAAUAAAAGAAAUUCUUGUCAA